AUGUCAGAUCAGAGUGAUAGCCAGGACAAGUCCGAGGAGCAGGUAAAUCUGAGUGAGGGCACUAGCCCCUCUGGCAGUUAUGAUGAAGGCAGCAGAAGUACUCCUAGCAACCUACCUAAGCCUGCUACUAGGCAGAGGAGAAAGAGAAAUUCUGAUUCUGAAGAUGAAGAUUAUGUGGCUGCUGAGGAGGAGGUCAGCUCCAAGAAGAAGGUUGUCAAGAAGGAAUUUGGCAGAGCUGCCUCUCCAAAGCCAGGUCUGAAUAAGAAGGCACCUGCAAAGAGAGUGCCCAUGUCUAAGGCCAGAGCCUCAACUCUUGAAACCUCCAAAUCAACUGUUGGAGGGGCUGCUAGUGAGGGCAAGAAAAAGAAGGAAAGAAAGAGAGGGAGAUGGUGCAAGAAAAUUGAUCCCAUGGCUGAAUUUGAGAGGCACUCCUCUGACGAGGAAGAAGAGGAUGCUGCACCACCCAAGACUGCCCCCAAAGCUACUGCUCCAGACCCCAAGACUGCACCAAAGAGGAGCGCAAGAAACAUACCAGCUGCUGAGAAGAACAAGGCCAUUGUGCCUGAAAUAGAAGAAGAAGAUGAUGAAGCCCAAGUGCUCAGGAAGCUAAAGCCAAAUAUCCCGGACCAUGAUGGCAAUCAUCCAGUGGCUGAGAAUAUGAAAGUUAGAAAGGAUGCAGGUACAAGGUACCAAACAACAGUUGCUGAGUGGGCCAAGCUGAUCAAUGCCCCUACAGAGCUUGAGGAUGACAUAGAUGUCUAUGCGAAGAGAAAGAAAGAUCACAACUCCAUGGCCAACAUGUACAAGGAGAUUCCUGACAAAGCCUUGGAGACUCAUAAGCUAGGCUCUGUAUAUUAUCUGUUGUCUGGACUGGCCACUAUUAACACCAUCUUGAGGCACACCUUGUUGCCCAAAUCAGGAGAUCACAGGAUGAUCAGAGGCCACUCCAUCAAUUUGCUUCAGUUGUUUGAUGUGACCCAGAAGUUCAAAGUGAUGAGUUUGAUUGUUGAGACAAUCAAGAGGACAUCUUCUGACCAAAAGAGAUCAUUUGUCAUGGAUGCUGAAGAUCCCACUUCAGUAGAGGCUCAAAAGAAGAGGGAGAAAGCAAAAGCUGAGAAGGCAGCCAAGAUGCCAAGUGCUGAAGAGGCUUCACAAGUUUUCCUCAAGUCAAAGCAAGACCAACUUGGAUAUCUUAUUCAAGCCACCUUGAGGACUGAGAAAGGAUUGGCCACCCUGAAUCGAAAUCAAGAGAGUCUGGAGAGGAUCAUUGAAACAAAGUUCUAUGAUCUAGACUUGAAGAUGACAGAGAUGCAGACAACUGUUGAGCAGCUCCCGGAAGAAGCUGAAGAGAGGACAAUGAAAGCAACCACUGAUGCUUUUUAG